GUACAUCACCAAGGUGACGUGCGCGCGCGUGUGUGAGUGUGUGUAUGUGUGCUUGGUUUCACCCUCGUUUUCUCAUCGGGCGGGCACAUCUGCACUGAACCAAAAGAGGGAGUGAUUCGUUCUGCCGGUGGAUUGGUGUUGCGCGUCUCCGUGUUUUCUUUGUCGUUUGCGACUCGGCGCUUUAGGCGCUUUUCAUUUGCUUCCCACUGUCGCUUAAACGAUUGUUUGUGUGUGUGUUUGGAGCGCCCGCCAUUAUCGAUCUUGACAGAUCGAUAAAGGAGACAACGUCGAGCCUUAUUUGUUUUUCAUUCGCCUUCUACGCCAUCACAUCUUAGAUAGAACUACCGCUACUAGAUCGUCUUCUUUUCUUUUUGAUACUCUCCCAUACAUUUCCUUCGUUGCAUUCUUCGCCAUUUCUCUUCCUCUCUCUCUCCUUUUAAAUCGGAGACGGCUGCUUCGCUUUGCGCUGCCCUGCCACUACAGAGGCCACAUGUGCUACGACGGCAACGUAGUUGGGCGAAAAACGUGAUUUGCGCUGGUUGCAGCUGCUGCUGCUACUGCUGCGUCGUUCAACCAUUCUGGUACGCGUCGCAAACGAGCACGUACGACGAGAACGAGUGGUGUGUUGUGUACGGGGCAGUGUGGUUUGCUGAGCAGUAGAGCGGCUAGACGGUCAACGCUGAAAUCCUGGUUUGGCGGAAACGGCUUUUUUAAAAAAUCAGCACUGUUUAACACACGACGGGGAAGGGUUCUAAACAGCAAAAGCUCUUGUGAAUCCGCACGUUAUGAAAGCAGCAAAGUCACUAUCGGUCAAGCUCUGUUUCUCUUCUGUUUUUUUUUUUGACUUUUAGCGACACGAAGGCGCGGCUGAUCACGGUUUGUCAUUCUUCCCCUGAGAGGUGGUGGUUUUGCUCACGUCGCAGAACCACUUUUCAUCUUCACAAAUCUACACACGCAUAUGUGUACGGGCAUGUAUGAAGCAUACGCUGGUAGCUCGCACUGACCCGUACACGCGCAUAAACGGAAGAGAGCAACGCGGGGAACAGUAGCAACUUUUCCUCGUUUUUCUUUCUGGUCCAACACCACAGCGGGACACGCGCACAUGAGUGGCGCCAACAACGAUAAUGGCGACGCCCCGCCGCCGCUGCAUCCCCUGUCCGCCAAGGGCAUCCUGCGAGAAAUGGAGGGUGUGCCCCGACUGCACAACACCAUCGAAAUGCCACCCCCACCUCUUACGUCUGCCGUCACGCGGUCUUGGUCAGACGUGGACCCGCGCAAGCUGAUGAUGACGUUCGCCGCCACCUCCUUUACCUACAGCUUCUUCGGUCAGCCGCUCUUUCUCAUUAUUGCACGCCAGCAGUGCAGUACCACGCACGUCUCCGCGAGAAAGGUGCUACGGGAUGUUAUGCAGACACACGGGCUGCGUGGACUGUACCGCGGUGCCGGUGCCGCCAUCACCGGCACGGUGCUGAGCGAGCUCGUCUACUACUUUGUGGUGGAGUACUGGAAGGAGAAGUUGCCACUGCAGGAGCGCGAGUGGCGCAGCUUCGGUGCGGGCCUGUUGGCCGAUCUCGGCUCGACGCCCGUCUUCAAUCCGUUCGCGGUGAUUUCGCAGGUGCAGAUGGUCGCCGGCUGCUCCUUCUCUGCGCAGGGGCACAAUUACAUGUCUGCGUGGGGCACCACGGUCACCCUGGUGCGAGAGCAGGGGGUGAGCUGCCUGCUGCGCGGCACCGUGCUGACGAUGGUGGUGGCACCGCUAACGGGGGCGUGGUGGUUUGUGUACGAGUCCUUCAAGCGAAUGGCCUACGGUGUCGCGCCGGGCGUCGGCGCCCGUCUCUCGGCCGUGGUGCCGCAAACACUUCAGCAGUGCCUGCCGCACCACUGCACCUCCACGACGGACAACGUUCUCGUGAACGCCGGCGUGGGGGCGGCGGCGAGUAUGGUGAUUGGGGUCGUCAUGAACCCAAUUUACGUGCUCCGGCUGCGACUGCAGGUUGGGAAGCGAAUUGUGGGGGUGCGCUUUCCGCUGUGGUACAUUAUGAGCGAUGUGCUGAGGAAUGAGGGCGCGCGGGCGUUGUGGAAGGGACUGGGCGGCAACCUUCUGGUGGGCGUGGUGGGCGGCUGCGCGUUCGGCUUCACCUACGAAGGCGCAAAGGAGUUUUCGGACAUCACGCAGAGCACGAGUGGCUGA